AUGUUCAAAGCCCUGAUGGGCGGGGGCAAGUCGGCGUCCACUUCGGACGUUCGCAGCUCCGGCUCCUCCAAGGGCAGCAGCCGUCGCAGGACCGACUCAAAGUCCAGCCGCAAAUCCUCACGGGGUGACGACCGUGACCGCGGCUUGGGCGAUCUGUCGGCUUACGAGCCCAGCGCCGCCGGCGACUCGGUUGCAUCGACGUACGUGACGGCCGAACCUGAAUCCAUUGACGCUUCCGAUUCCGUUAUCAUCGACCGAACCCCCAAGCGCAGAGACAGUGAUCGCGACAGCAAGAGCUCCCACCGGCGCGACCGUGACCGAUCCGCCAGUCGCGAAAGAGAGAGACGGAAGAGCCGGCGCUCAACGGAAGAUUCAGCCAAGGGAGAUAACGAGAAAGACCGGGAUGAAAAGCGCGAUCGUCGUGAGCGCCGUCGCACCAAGUCUGGAGAUCCCUAUGGGCCAUCCACCUCCAUGCCCUCCAGCGUUCCCAGCGCCCAGUUUGCCGCCGACAUCGCGGCGCCAGGAUUCUCGCAAUUCCCCAUGCAAUACGACAAUGGCAUGCCUUCGACUCCUGGCAAUGGCUCCUCACCGGCACCAUACGAUCCGCAUGUACAACAGCAGUUCCCUGGUCAAUUCCCCAGCACGAUCGCGGAGCCGUAUCUUUCCAACCCUGCCGGCGCUGCUGCAGACUACUAUGGCGAUCAAGGACAGUCGGUCGCUGAGCAGCCGGGUGUCAGGCCAACGCCUCCUGCAGUGAUCCCCAACAACCAAGCGCAUUUGCAGUCUGCAUCGUCCUCGGCGAAUCCCCCUCCCGAACCGAGCAGCGUUGGCCAAGUUGGCGCAGCUGCGGCAUAUUAUGCCGCUGAAGUUGAUGAAUCGGAAUCACAAGUCCAGCCGCAACCAACUUCUUCUUCCAAGCCACCGACGGCCUCGAAGCCUUCGAAACCAAGUAAGCCGUCAAAACCAAGCAAGCCUUCGUCAUCAAGUGCAAUUGCUGCGGGAGCUGCCGGGGUGGCCGCAUACGGUGUUGGCACCGAGCUGCUCUCCCAUCAUGAGACAGGAUCUUCCUCCAUGACAUCUGUGCCACAAACCACCUCAUAUUCGCAGCCGGCUAUGACAAGUUCGAGCAAGCCUCCCCUUGGCCACUCCCAGAGCAUCGGCCCUGGCAUUGGUCUAGCAGCUGCUGGUGCCGCUGCGGGUUACAUGAUGGGUCACCACAAUCACUCGUCAAGCCCGGCGCACUCCUCGCAGUACACAUAUCAGAACUAUGAGGAAUCAUCUCAAGGCGGUACACCAUAUGGCCCCCCUGGCCCCAGCGGCGGAUAUCCUUACGGAGCCGGCUCACUCGGAUUUCAACAACGACAGCGUGGCCCUCUGGGGCGACUUGUGGAUUUCUGGCGGGACCCAUAUGGCGUCGGAAGAUUUGAGGAUUAUACCCAGACGAUCGGUGUUUGCAAGUACUGCUUUGACCCAGGCACAACGUCUCUUGAUGCGCCUCGCAAGCACCACUAUCACCGCCACCAUCGCCAUUCUGCCGACCGCUACAGUACCGGCAGCUCGUCGAGGGUAAACAAACUCAGCCGUUACCAGUCUUCUGAAGACGAGAGUCGCCGGCGCAAGAAGUCUAAGAAAUCUUCUUCCUCAUGGCUGCCAGGCAUGCUUGCUGGUUAUGCGGCAAAAUCACUUUUUACGGGCAAGGACUUUGAGGAUUCCUACAGCGUCCGCCCCAACCGAGCCUCUGACGAUCGUCCGGCUUCCUACCACGGCGAACGCCAAUCGGAUGCCAGCUACACAUCGCGCGGAGUUGUUCGUCGUUCCGCUCGCAGUCCGGCAAGAGGUCAUCACUCCGACACUAAACAAACAGCUUACGUUGAGCGUUCCCGCCGAACCAGAUCACGGUCCAGGUCCUCGUCUCGAUCCGGCCACCACUCGUUUGUGAAGGAGGCAGCCUUGGGCGCGGCAGUAGGGUCGGCUGCAUUGGCCGUUGCUAAGUCGCGCCAGCGAAACCGCAGCCAAUCUCCUGCUGGCAGAUCCCACCACCGAAAAGAGUCUUCAUCCGAUUCAUCUUUCCUCGACGUUUCACGCAAGUCCGUUGGUGGCGGUAUUGGCUCGUUCUUCACCGCAUCAUCCGAGAACCGCAAGACUCGACGACCCAAGAAGCGCAGGGGGUUCUUUUCUUUCAACAUUUCGUCAUCCUCCUCGCUUGAUGAUGAUCUCGCCUUUGGCUCCGGCUUUGCAAAGAAGUCCAAGUCUCCGAAAUCCAAGAAGAAAGGCAAGAAGAACGAAGAUGUGGAUGCUGCGCUGCUGGGUCUGGGUGCUACGGCAACCGCCCUGGCGGCCUCAUCUCAUGGCCGUAGCAAGAGUACCGGUCAAAUUCUCGCAGCUAAGGAGCAUCGUUCGCGCCAUUCUGCCUCUUCUGCUACAAAUGAUGACGGGUGGAUCGAUGCCGAGUCGGAGGACCAGUCUUCGUCCAGUGUCAGCUCUAACCUGGCAUUCGGAGGAAGUAGUGCCGAGUCUGGCUCUGAUUCGAGCGGCGGAUGGGGUUGGAGAUGGGGCAGCAAGAAGAAAAAGAAGGAGAAGAAGUCAAGUGCCGCAGAUACUGCCCUCGCAAUUGGCGCUGGUGCUCUGGGCAGUGCUGCGUUGGCUUCUGUCGCUCGCAAGAAGGAUAGCAAGGCUUCUAGCAGUACCGGAAGCCUUCAACAGGUCUAUCCGGUGCCAACUUCCGAUCCUUCUCGCUUUGAUGUUGCCAAGAUGUCUCCGUCCGUCAUGUCCGGUGACCAGACACCCCUCGUUCGCCCCGGACCCAUCCCGCUUCAGCAACCACAGCCCGUGAGUCCAGUUUCUCAGGCUGUAUACACCACCCAAGGCAGCCUUCCCGACACGAUUCCAGCAUACAGUGCCCCUCCAGUUCUUCCCAUUUUUGCCAAUGAUUACGAUCGAUACGACACCACCUUUCAGUAUCCGCGGGAUGACGCCGCGGUUCCACCAGACGUCGCUUACACUAACCGUGACCCCAUCGGUCCUCUGCGCCGACGUGACUCUUCGCCUGUCCUCCCUACGCAAAAGAGCUCUACAUCUAGCCUCAAGCGCCGGUCAACAACCAAAGACCAAGCUUCUGUCUCUUUUGACCUCACCGAAGAGCAGAUCGUACAAGAACGUCGUCGCCGGGGAAGGAAGAGUCGAGAUGAGUUCGAAAAUGAAUCAGAGCAAUGGAUUGACCGGGAAGACGAGCUGUCUCGCCAGGAUUCCGACCAAAGACCCCGUCGCCGAAAGGAUCGAGAGAGCGAUUCUUCAUCCUGGAUUGAAGCCGCUGCGGUAGCUGCCACAGGCGCGGCUGCUGUCAGCACAAUUUACUCUCACAAAGCUGAUGAUGACGAAGCUUCUGAAGCCAGCCAGCGCCGAAUCGAUGAACGCCGCGAGAAACGCCGCGCUGAACGACGCCGUGUCUCCGACAGUGAGCCUGAGGUGGCCAUUGUGUCCAAGACUGAUGUUCCCGAGGAGAGCUCGCCAAGGUCUGAAUACAAGGAAGAACGGAAAAAACGCUCCCCUCGCCCUGCACCCGUACACGAGGACUAUGCGGAGUUUUUCGCUCCCGAGGGGGUGCGGCACAGUUCUGACAACAGCUCGCGCAAUGCAUCCGGUGGGAUGCCGAUGAUUGUUGAGAUCGAGCCCGCCGCCGACCGAUUCGAGCGCGAAGCACUGGAGGCUACAAGAGAACCCUACGAAGGCCGCGAUCAGCUCCCUUGGCCCGUACCUCGACUGAACAUCAUUGAGCCCACUCCUCCCCACAGUGUUAGCGGAUCUGUUCGAGAUGCGACUUCCCCCACUGUUGAGCCUGUGGACAAGUCCUAUGGCAACAAGCAGCGCGACCACCAGACUUAUGAGUACGACAUUCCUUCGUCCUCCGAGCAGGAUCCGCUUGAGCAGGAAGCCGCUUCGCCAAAGGGCAUGUCCAACGAUGUCAACACCAAAUCCGACUAUGGCGAUGAUAUUGAGUUUGCUGCAGCAGUCGCCGCUGCAACCGAAGCGGCUGGGUUUGAUCCUUCCAUGGUCACUGAUAACCCAACCUACCACACGCGAACUUCGCCCCCUGGAUCUGAGGAUGAGGACGCAUUUACCAUGUCCAAGCCUGAACAAGCUGAGAGCAGGGAAACCGAGCAGACAAAUGGCAAAGAAGCUAAGUCGAGCGACGACGAUGUCUUUUUCAUGCCGGGUGGGUUUGAUGUGGACGAUUCCCAAGACAUCCCUCGGCACGACACUCGAUCUGUCUACUCCGCCCCUGCGGGACAGCCCGAGACUCCCACAAAAUCCAAGAAGUCCCGGCGAAGCGGCGAAGCCGUCGACUUGACCCAGGAUACUGCCACGCCCCCUCCUGUCGAUGACAAUGACGGUGGAAGUAAGAAAAAGAAAAAGCGGCGCUCUAAGCGUGAUAGUGGUAUCGACGACGCAACUUCAAUUGCCUCUUCACCUGCCCGGAUUGAGGAAUCCAGCGAGAAGAGUCGUCGCAAGAAGCGGUCUUCCAAGAGCGGCGAUGGAGACGAUCUGUAUGAUGCUUCGGACAAGGACAUGGGCACUAAAGAUUAUGUGGAUCUGGAGGACUACAGAUCGGAAAGGCAGCGCGAGAAAGAUCGACGACAUGGAUAUGACGAGGCGAUGGAGUCGGGAGACCAACAGGACUAUGAGAAGGUAUAG